AUGCAGUUUGAUCUGCUCAGACUGGAUGGUGGUUCUUACGAGUUGUACAUCAUACCGAAAGAUAGCGUUGGCAGGAGUGACGUUGUUCAGGACAAAGAAGGGGACAGGUGGUUCUGCGAUGCUAUCUUUUACGCUGGGACUGGAAAUUUGCUUUGUAGAUCUGAGGAUAAAGUGGUUAUAUUUGACCUUCAACAAAGGCUUGUUCUUGGUGAACUUCAGACACCGUUUGUUAGGUAUGUUGUUUGGUCUAACGAUAUGGAGAGCGUCGCUUUGCUCAGCAAACAUACUAUCAUUAUUGCGAGCAAAAAGCUGGUCCUACAGUGCACGCUUCAUGAGACAAUACGUGUGAAAAGUGGAGCUUGGGACGACAAUGGUGUCUUCAUUUACACGACUUUGAACCACAUCAAGUACUGUCUUCCUAAUGGGGAUAGUGGAAUCAUCCGAACCCUGGAUGUCCCAUCUAUAUCACCAAGGUUUCUGGAAAUACAAUCUUUUGCUUGGACCGGGAUGGGAAAAACAGGGUUAUCACCAUCAAUGCGACUGAAUACAUUUUCAAGCUUGCACUGCUGA